GCUGGUUUCGGUCUCUUCUGAGUAGCCUUUUUAUUACCCAAUACUUUACCUCAGACUACAGGUCUGUUACGCGUAAACAGUCGCGCUAAGUCGCAGCAGACUAUCGCAGGCCGUUCGCUAGCUUCUCCAGCCGUUCCGCCACCUUUUCGCCCUUUUCUGCCAGUUCGCGUCGCCGCUAGCCGCUAGCGAUCCACCAGGGUUCUUAGUCUCAGCGCGGUUCCCAUUUCCUCUCGUCGCCCGCCUUUCCGCCUUUUCCGCGAUUCGCCGCCAUGCAGCAGCUGAGAUCGCGCGCCGCCGCACUCACCGAGAGGCACGCGUUUCACCCUCGCCUCUCUCCUCUGCUCUCCCGCACUUUCCACGCAGCUUCCUACCAUGCGUCUGUCCACGUCUUCCCGUGUAUGGCGGAGGAGCGUGAGGGCCAGGGAGGAGGCUCGGCAGUUGCAGGCUCGGCACCAACACCAGCAGGUUCGGCAGCAGCAGUAGCGGGAGGAGGAGCGGCAGCAUCAGCAGCAGGAACAGCAACAGCUGAGGCCGUCAGGCAGAAUCUAAACAGGCUGAGGUAUCGCAGCAGGCAGAGGGGCUAUCUGGAGCUGGACCUGCUGCUGGGCAAGUGGGUGGACGAGCAUCUCCCUUCCCUAGAUGACCCCCAAUUGAGGGCUCUCGCACGGCUCAUGGACGAGGAGAGUCCGGAUCUCUUCAAGUGGUUCACAGGCCAGGAGCAAGCCCCACAGCACGUUGUUGAGAACCCGGUGUACCACUCUAUCCGCGCCAAGGUGGACACGAAGCUUCAUCUGAUCAACCCAGCAGUCAAGGCCACGCCGGGCAUGCCGUGGGUGAGGUGGUGGGAGGACGUGCAGAGGCAACCGGGCACACCCCGUGCAGGGAACCAGUAGGGAUGUAGAAAUGACCGUCUCAAACUUGAAGCUGCUUGCAGAAAGUGUGCAUCUGAUGAAUCCUGCGAUCAAGGCACUGCAAGGCAUGUCAUGGGUGAGGGGAUGGGAGAACAUGCAUGUACCUCUCCCACAGGGAAGCAUUAGGGAUAGUGGAGAACGGGGUCCUUUUUUGGACCCUGGAGGUUGGUUGGUGCACUCCUGGGCGGACGAACCUUAGGUCUCUCAGCUAUCGUGAGCAGUUUGCCUUCCUGUGCAGGGUUUCAGCUAGGAUUUUAGGCCGUCUGACGUUCAGACGGGGUUUCAAACUUUCGUCUGACCAUCAUACGAAUCUUUUUUGCCGGUCUGGCAUUUCAGACGAAACAUUUGGCACGAUCUGACAAUUCAGACGAAACGUUGCGGGAGUUUUAGUAUAUAACAAUGCCGAAUGUGCUACAUUAUAGUGCUACACAAACAA